CCAACCGCCAUUAAACCCCAACAAACAAGGACAAGUCCUGUUGCGCUGCGGGAGUCGGUGAACAGGAAGUUCCGGACAGGCGUCAGCCAUAAUGAAAGCGCCAGAACUGUUCUCUGAAGACGAUAGCUUUUAUGUCCGUUUCAAAUGUAUUACUAACAGACCGACUCAGAUUAAGUCUGAGGCUGGUAACAUCAACAGUGAGGACAAACCCAGCCUGUCUCUCUCCUUCCACACUGAAUCCAAACCUACAGGGUCCUGAUUGUGACAGUGGAGCCCAGUUUGCUCUGCAGGAUCCAGAGAUGGCAUCAGUGAAGCUGGAAGACUGCAGUCAAACACUGGAGCUGAAUGUCAACAUUAAAGAUGAAGAAGAGGAGGAGAAGAUUGGGACAUCUGUUAGUCAUGGACGACUUGAAUUAAGUCUGAGGCCGGUAACAUCAACAGUGAGGACAAACCCAGCCUGCCUCUCUCCUUCCACACUGAGUAGCAACCUACAGUCACUGGGUCCUGAUUGUGACAGUGGAGCCCAGUUUGCACUGCAGGAUCCAGAGAUGGCAUCAGUGAAGCUGGAAGACUGCAGUCAAACACUGGAGCUGAAUGUCAACAUUAAAGAUGAAGAAGAAGAGGAGAAGAUUGGGACAUCUGUUUGUCAUGGCCGACUCAGAUUAAGUCUGAGGCCGGUAACAUCAACAGUGAGGACAAACCCAGCCUGCCUCUCUCCUUCCACACUGAGUCCAAACCUACAGUCACUGGGUCCUGAUUGUGACAGUGGAGCCCAGUUUGCUCUGCAGGAUCCAGAGAUGGCAUCAGUGAAGCUGGAAGACUGCAGUCAAACACUGGAGCUGAAUGGCAUCAUUAAAGAUGAAGAAGAGGAGGAGAAGAUUAGGACAACUGUUAGUCAUGGAGACCAUGUUGAGACAUUCCCUACAUCCAGAGAGCAACAGCAGGAAGAUCACAGACCUAAGAGGUCUCACCACUGCCCACAUUGUGAGGAAAUGUUCCCAGGUUUAUCAAAGCUAAAAAUACACUUAAAAAUACACACAGGAGAGAACCUGUAUUCCUGUACUGACUCUGGGGAGAGAUUCACAACAUCAAAGGCUCUGACAUUUCAUCAGAGAGUGCACACAGAAGAGAAACCGUACUCCUGCUCGUACUGUGGGAAGAGUUACUCUCAACAGACCAAUCUAAAAAAACACCAACGUUUACACACAGGAGAGAAGCCUUACUCCUGCCGUGACUGUGGAAAAUGCUUCACAACCUCAUCUGAGCUAACAGUUCAUAUGAGAACACACACUGGAGAGAAGCCUUACAUCUGCUCUGACUGUGGGAAGAGUUUCUCCCACCAGGGUAGCUUAAAAGCACACCAACGUGUGCAUACAGGAGAGAAGCCAUACUCCUGCUCUGACUGUGGAAAGAACUUCUCCCGAUUGGGUACCCUAAAAUUGCAUAAACGUAUACAUACAGGAAUUAAGCCUUACUACUGCUCUGACUGUAGGAAGAGUUUCUCCCACCAGGGUAGCUUAAAAGCACACCAACGUAUGCAUACAGGAGAGAAGCCAUACUCCUGUUCUGACUGUGAGAAGAGUUUCUCCCGAUUGGGUACCUUAAAAUCACAUGGACGUAUACAUACAGGAAAGAAGCCUUACUACUGCUCCAACUGUGGGAAGAGUUUCUCUCAACGGAACCAUUUAAAACCAUUUAAAAUCACAUCAACGUAA